ACGUCUCUUUCUCCUUCCUCCCCACCUCAAACUCAACUCCGUGCCCGACUCCCCAGCUGGCCUCCCCAUCCCCCACCACGAGGGCGCAAGCUCCUAAUCCCCACCCCACACCUCAUCCUUUUUCUUCUUCCAAUACUCCAUCGUGCUGCUGCUGCCUCUCUUCACUUGGUCCGCCUCCUCCUGUUCCUGACUUGAGCUGCGACGAGCUGUUCGGCCGCGAUCGAGGGGAUCAAGAACGGGUGGCCGGUGGGGGAAACGGCCAGAAGAGGAUGGAGCGGUACGAGGUGAUCAGGGACAUCGGGUCGGGGAACUUCGGGGUGGCCAAGCUGGUCCGGGACGUCAGGACCAAGGAGCUCUUCGCCGUCAAGUUCAUCGAGAGGGGCCAGAAGAUUGAUGAACAUGUUCAGAGGGAGAUUAUGAACCACCGGUCACUGAAGCAUCCAAACAUAAUUAGAUUCAAGGAGGUCGUGCUAACUCCCACACAUUUGGCAAUAGUUAUGGAAUAUGCUGCUGGCGGUGAGCUAUUCGAAAGGAUUUGCAAUGCGGGGAGAUUUAGUGAGGACGAGGCAAGGUUCUUCUUCCAACAACUGAUUUCGGGAGUGAGCUACUGUCAUUCCAUGCAAGUAUGCCAUAGAGAUCUGAAACUAGAAAAUACGCUCUUGGAUGGUAGUGUUGCUCCUCGUCUUAAGAUUUGUGAUUUCGGUUACUCCAAGUCUUCUGUGCUGCACUCUCAACCGAAAUCAACUGUUGGCACACCUGCAUACAUUGCUCCAGAGGUCCUCUCUAGAAAAGAAUAUGAUGGAAAGGUUGCUGAUGUUUGGUCUUGUGGAGUAACAUUAUAUGUGAUGCUUGUUGGGGCAUAUCCUUUUGAGGACCCUGAUGACCCAAGGAACUUCCGGAAGACAAUCACUAGGAUACUCAGUGUACAGUACUCAAUUCCAGACUAUGUUCGAGUUUCAAUGGAAUGCAGACAUCUGCUGUCCCGGAUAUUUGUCGGAAGUCCUGAGCAGCGAAUAACUAUUCCAGCGAUCAAGAACCACCCAUGGUUCCUCAAAAACCUGCCCAUCGAGAUGACCGACGAGUACCAACAGAGAAUGCAGUUGGCAGACAUGAACACCCCGGAGCAAAGCCUGGAGGAAGUAAUGGCAAUCAUCCAGGAGGCGCGGAAACCCGGGGAUGCCCUGAAGCUUGCCGGUCAGGUGCCCUGCCUGGGGAGCAUGGAUCUUGAUGACAUUGAUUUGGACGAUAUCGAUGACAUCGACAUUGAGAACAGCGGGGACUUUGUUUGCGCAAUGUGAUGCUCAUACGUGGUUCAAGUAGCAGCGAGUUUCCUUGGUUGCUGAUGUAUGUAGAUCCUUGUUGUAUCAUGCUUUGCAUCGCUUCUGGAUCACGUAUUUUCUGUAAUCGAGAAAUUGCCAUUGCUGUGGAUACAUACAGCAUGAGCUUGUAUAUUCUGGUAUCUAUGGCAAAAUCCUUUCUAUCCUCAGUGCUGUAUUAAAUUAGCCAAUCACUUCCUCUG